CCGGUGGCCUCAGUAAACACUGCCCCCUACCGUUGAAAAUAUGAAACACUGUUGUAAAUAAGUUGGUUAUGAGAGAAAAAUUAAUUUAUUUUACCUAUGUUUGUACCAAGUUUUUUAAAACGUUUGAAUCAGGUUUUCAUAAUAUUCGUGUAAAAAAGUCUUACUUUUAUGGGAUUCAACUUCGAACCAAGAAAACAAUUCAAAAGAAAUAGUGAAGAAGUAGAGAGAGUUUUUUGCUGAUUUCAAAUGGCGAAAAGAGGGAAAAAAAAAGAAAUUAAAGCAUUAGCAGCUGAUGAGAAUGAAGAUGACAGAGUCUUUCAAGGUGGUUUUGAAAUUCUCAAGGGGUUUCAGUGUAGUUCAAAUUUAUCUCAAUCACUUUACGAUUUUUUCCGUGAGGAGUUGGAAAAAUUGUAUAGAAGCAGUGUACUCAAAAGUAUUUUCAAAAAAGCCGAGAUUAUUGCCAUAAAAAAGGAUGGUGAGAAUAACAAUGUAUAUGUUGAUUUUAAUUUGCACUUAUCACGAGAGCAACUUAACCUCAGAUACAGAUCAUUCUCUCUGAGGAAAACUUUGAAAAAUAUACUUUCUGGGGAAAUAAAUUGUUUUACUGUGACUGGAUUUUUCAGAAGUUUAAAAUUGGACAUUGAAGACCUGGAAGAAGUAGAUGAUAAGCCAGCUGAAAUAGAACAUUAUCUCGAGAUCGAGUUUGAAUAUGUUCCCUGUUCUGAUCCAAAAGAGAUUCAAAAGGUUGAUGCCAAAGGGACAUUGCUUCAAAAGUUGUUAGAAAUAAAAGAUGUAAGAUAUGAUCCUGAGAAAAUUGUCCAUUCCUGUAAAGUAGUCAAAUCUACAAUAGUCAGUGGUUAUGUUAAAUAUUCAAAAACAAGAAAAAAAAGUAAACCAACUACUAAAACAGAUAAAGCUAGUUUAAAAGUUAAAGUUCUACAUUCAACAUCAUCAAAAGAUGUUAUACGAGCUAUAAAGUCUGAUGAUUUUACUCUAACAGACAAUUGUAAACCUGCAAAAUCGACAAAAGAUUAUAUGCCAGCUGCUAAAACAAAAAAAUCUUGCCUAAAAGACAGUCUUAAACUUUCAACAAUGUCGAAAAAUUAUAGGCCAGCUACUAAAACAAAGAAAGCUUGCCUAAAAGACAAUCAUAAACUUCCAGCAAAAAAUUCUAAACCAGCUACUAAGACAAAAAAAGCUUGUCUAAAAGACAAACAUAAACUUUCAACAAUGAAAAACAAACAAAUGUCAGCUACUAAAACAGAUAAACCUGGUCUAAAAGACAAAAAUAAACUUUCAACGAAGACAAAAAAUUUUAUCCCAGCUACUAUAACAGAUAAAGCUCGUCUAAAAGACAAACAUAAACUUUCAACAAUGAAAAAAAAAUUAAUGUCAGCUACUAAAACAGAUAAACCUGGUCUAAAAGACAAAAAUAAACUUUCAAUAAGGACAAAAAAUUUUAUCCCAGCUACUAUAACAGAUAAAGCUUGUCUAAAAGACAAACAUAAACUUUCAACAAUGAAAAAAAAAUUAAUGUCAGCUACUAAAACAGAUAAACCUGGUCUAAAAGACAAAAAUAAACUUUCAAUAAAGACAAAAAAUUUUAUCCCAGCUACUAUAACAGAUAAAGCCUGUCUAAAAGAUGAUCAUAAACUUUCAACAAUGAAAAAAAAAUUUAUGUCAACUGCUAUAACAGAUAAAGCUUGUCAAAAAGACAAAAAUAAACUUUCAAUAAAGACUAAAAAUUUUAUCCCAGCUACUAUAACAGAUAAAUCUGGUCUAAAAGACAAAAAUAAACUUUCAAUAAAGACAAAAAAAUUUAUCCCAGCUACUAUAACAGAUAAAGCUCGUCUAAAAGAUGAUCAUAAACCUUCAACAAUGGCAAAAAAUUUUAUCCCAGCUACUAUAACAGAUAAAGCUUGUGUAAAAGAUGAUUAUGAACUUUCAACAAUGACAAAAAAUUUUAUCCCAGCUACUAUAGCAGAUAAAGCUUAUGUAAAAGAUGAUCAUAAACUUUCAACAAUGACAAAAAAUUUUAUCCCAGCUACUAUAACAGAUAAAGUUUGUCUAAAAGAUGAUUAUAAACUUUCAACAAUGACAAAAAAUUUUAUCCCAGAUACUAUAGCAGAUAAAGCUUGUCUAAAAAAUGAUCAUAAACUUUCAACAAUGACAGAAAAUUUUAUCCCAGCUACUAUAACAGAUAAAGUUUGUCUAAAAGAUGAUCAUAAACUUUCAACAAUGACAAAAAAUUUUUUUCCAGCUGAUGAAACCGAUCAAGUUUUUGUAUUAGAGGAAGUCUUUAAGGGUAAAUUCGUCGCUAAGGGGGACAAGUAUGACUCUAGAUUUUCUGAUACCCAUUCUGAUAUUUUCAAAGAAAAGGCUUAUACUUAUGAAAUGAAGUUGGACAGAUUGUACAAAAUCAGUGAAUUCCAAAAUAUUUACAAAAAGUCAAAGGUUUUGUCCUUAGAGAAGAACGAAGGAGAGAACGAUUUAGUUGUUUAUUUUGAAGUACAUGUAUUACCAGAAGAAAAUACAGCAGUCUUUCUAAGGAAUGCUGUAGUUGACAUCCUUACUAUUGAAAUGCAGUAUUCAAGACUCAAAGUUUUCAAGAAUUUAGAAAUAGAAAAUUCAAUUAAAAUACAAGACUGUAGUGAAUAUUCUUCUGAAACAGCAGAUGAUAUGCCAGCUACUGAAACAAGAAAGGCUAGUCUUAAAGAGUGUAUCUUUAAAUGUAGUAUUGAAGUUAUUAAGGGGGACAAGUACGAUUCUAGUUUGGCAGAUUCUGAGUCUAUUGUUUACCAAGAUAAAAUCAAUAGUUAUAAAAUAAUGUUAGAAAUAUUGUUCAGACACAGUGGAUUGAGAAGUAUUUUCAAAAAAUUAGAAAUUUUGUCUUUCAAUAAGAAAGGGGGAAGUAAUUUAUAUGUUUAUUUUGUUAUUCAUUUAUCACCUGGACCGAGUUCAACAUUGUUUAUACACAAAUGUUUAAACGACAUUCUUUCCAAUGAAUUAAGGAAUCCAUGGACUGGGCUUGUAAAGGAUUUGAAAAUUAGUAAAAAGCUAAUUCAAAUACAAGAGAGUGGUCAAUGCUCAACAGUAAGAGAAGGUUGUAUACCAGCUACUAAAAUAAAAAAAGUUAAUCGAAAAGAGAGUGGUCAAUGUACAACACCAAGAAAGGAUUGUAUACCAGCUACUGAAAUGAAAAAAGUUAGUCAAAAAGAGAGUGGUCAAUGUGCAACACCAAGAAAGGAUUGUAUACCAGCUACUGAAAUGAAAAAAGUUAGUCAAAAAGAGAGUGGUCAAUGUUCAACAACAAGAAAAGAUUGUAUACCACCUAAUAAAUUGAAAAAAGUUAGUCAAAAAGAGAGUGGUCAAUGUUCAACAACAAGCAAAGAUUGUAUACCACCUACUAAAAUGAAAAAAGUUAGUCAAAAAGAGAGUGGUCAAUGUGCAACACCAAGAAAGGAUUGUAUACCAGCUACUAAAAUGAAAAAAGUUAUUCAAAAAGAGAGUGGUCAAUGUUCAACAACAAGAAAAGAUUGUAUACCACCUACUAAAUUGAAAAAAGUUCGUCUAGAAGAGAGUGGUCAAUUGUCAACAACAAGAAAAGAUUGCAUACCAGCUGCUAAAAUAAAAAAAGUUACUCUAAGAGUUUUAGAGAGUAGUUCAACAGCAAGAAAGGAUUGUAUACCAGCUACUAAAAUGAAAAAAGUUAGUCAAAAAGAGAGUGGUCAAUGUUCAACAACAAGAAAAGAUUGUAUACCACCUACUAAAAAGAAAAAAGUUAGUCAAAAAGAGAGUGGUCAAUGUGAGACACCAAGAAAGGAUUGUAUUCCAGCUACUAAAAUGAAAAAAGUUAGUCGAGAAGAGAGUGAUCAAUGUUCAACACAAACAAAGGAUUGUAUACCAGCUACUAAAAUGAAAAAAGUCUGUCAAAAAGAGAGUGGUCAAUGGUCAACAACAAGAAAAGAUUGCAUACCAGCUGCUAAAAUAAAAAAAGUUACUCUAAAAGAGAGUGGUUCAACAACAAGAAAGGAUUGUAUACCAGCUACUAAAAUGAAAAAAGUUAGUCAAAAAGAGAGUGGUCAAUGUUCAACAACAAGCAAAGAUUGUAUACCACCUACUAAAGUGAAAAAAGUUAGUCAAAAAGAGAGUGGUCAAUGUGCAACACCUAGAAAGGAUUGUAUACCAGCUACUAAAAUGAAAAAAGCCUGUCAAAAAGAGAAUGGUCAAUGGUCAACAACAAGAAAAGAUUGCAUACCAGCUGCUAAAAUUAAAAAAGUUACUCUGAAAGAGAGUGGUUCAACAACAAGAAAGGAUUGUAUACCAGCUACUAAAAUGAAAAAAGUUAGUCAAAAAGAGAGUGGUCAAUGCUCAACAACAAGAAAAGAUUGUAUACCAGCUGCUAAAAUAAAAAAAGUUCGUCUAAAAGAGAGUGGUCAAUGUUCAGCAGCAAGAAAGGAUUGUAUACCAGCAACUAAAAUGAAAAAAACUAGUCAAAAAGUGAGUGGUCAAUGUUCAACAACAAGAAAAGAUUGUAUACCAGCUACUAAAAUAAAAAAAGUUCGUCUAAAAGAGAGUGGUCAAUAUUCAACAACAAAAAAAGAUUGUAUACCAGCUACUAAAAAAAAAAAAGUUAGUCGAAAAAAGAGUGGUCAAUGUUCAACAGCAGGAAAAGAUUGUAUACCAGCUACUAAAAUAAAAAAAGUUAGUCGAAAAAAGAGUGGUCAGUGUUCAACAACGGAAAAAGAUUGUAAACCAUCUACAAAGACGAAAAGAGUUCGUCGAAAAGGGGUAACAGAUAGCAAACCUUAUCUCUUUCUGAAUUUGCCAAAUCUACAAUUCUGCCUGGAGAAACAUCUGCGUUGUUUACUGUAUACAAAAUCCUUCCUAGAACUGUACAAAGUAGCAAGGAUCAGGGCGGCAAGAAAACAGAAGCUAUUAGACGAAAAAAGAAAAUCAUUGAAGAAAGCUGUCAGGUCCAAAGCAAGACUUAAGAAAACUUCUAAAAACUUGCUUGGUGGAAAUAAAUCACUCAAAAAAAAAAGCUUGCUAAGCAUGGGUGGCAAGAAAGGAAUGAAGCAGCACAACACUUCAUCAGGAGUUCCUCAUGGCAGUCCUCCCUUGAAAAAAAGCUUGCUAAACAUGAGUGGCAAGAAAGGAAUGAAGCAGCACAACAUUUCAUCAAGAAUUCAUCAAGGCAGUCCUCCCUUGAAAAAACGCUUGCUAAGCAUGGGUGGCAAGAAAGGAAUGAAGCAGCACAACGCUUCAUCAGGAGUUCAUCAAGACAGUGCUCCCUUGGUGAAAAAAUAUUUUAAAUCAAACAGAAGGAGAAAAAUUCUAGAGGCAUCUGGUUAUCCAAUAUGUGGUUUUCUGAGGACUUCUGUUAACUUGAAUGAAGCACACAGAAACAUUCCUCAACAUAAGGCACUCCUACAUUUUGGAGGCUUAGUACCAGACAUCAGUACUAAAGAUAUAACCGUGCCAGAUGAAAACAAUAUUUGGUCACCUGUUUGUGAAAAUUUCAUGGUGUAUCAAGAGGAAGCGAUGUAUAAAUUUUCUGAUAAUUUGAUUCAUGAGAGUCAAGACCUGCUAAAAGAAUCUUUAAAUAUUUAUGACUAUUUCGAGGAUGUCUCUUUUCCUAAUACAGCAGAAGAACUUAAAAAAUUUAUGACCUGGCUUGAUGAUCUAGAAGCUCAUGACUUAGUAGAUUCAAAUGAACACAUUAUGGAGCUAAAUGAAAAUGAGCAAAUCAAGCAAAAUGCAAAUUUAGUUAAAGCAAAUGAAAAGUUGACAAUACUGAAUAAAAAAGAAUUAUUAGAGCCAAGUUAUCAAUUACAAUCCAGGCAUAAAGAAUUAGUGAUGCCAAAUGACAUAGGAGUAAUAGAUCUGAGUAAUGACGAAAUAGUAAAGAGAAGUGCUAAAAGCAAUAAAAAGCUUGCUCAGCACAUUAAAGAUUUUGAGAAAAGAGAUCGAGAAGAUGGAGAAUUCAUAAAGCAAUGGGUUGAAAGAGAAAUUGCAAAGCAGCAUAGGAGAGAUUGUAAGGAGUUAUAUGAACCAAGAGAUGGAGAACAAGUAAAGUCAAAUGAUAUAAAAGUAGUGGAUCUGAGUGAUGAUGAAGUGUCAGAGAGAAGUGGCGGAAGCAAUGAAGAGUUUACUCAGAAUAUUGAAAAUUCUGCGAAAUGGAAACCAAGUGAUGAAGAAUUAAACCUGAAUGAUAUGGAAAAAAUCGAGAUGAGUGAUAAAGAAGUAACAAAAAGAAAUGAAGAAAGCAAUAAAAUGUAUACUCAGCAUGAGGAAUUUGAACCAAGUGAUGAAAAAUUAAGCCUGACUGAUAUAGAAGAAAUGGAAUCAAGUGAUAAAGAAAUAAUAAAGAGAAAUGAUGAAAGGGUUGGAAAAGAUGUGCCUAUGAAACAAUGUGAGGAGUUAUUAGAACCAAGUAAAAAAGUAGAACCAAGAGAAGAAGAAUUAAACCUGAAUGAUAUGGAAGAAAUGGAGCUAAUUGAUGAUGAAGUAACAAAGAGAAGUAAUGAAAGCAAUGAAGAGUUUACUCGGCAUAUUGAAAAAUCUGAGAAAAGGGAACUAAAUGAUGAAGAAUUCAUAAAGAAAUGGGAUGAAAGAGAAACUGCAAGAUUAACUCAGCGUAUGAGAGAUAGUAAGGAGUUUUUUGAGCCAUGGGAUCAAGUAGAACCAAGAGAUGAACAAGUAGAAUCAAGUGAUAUAGAAGUAGUGGAUCUGAGUGAAAAAGAAGUAAAAAAAAGAAAUGAAGAAAGCAAUAAAAAGUAUACUCAGCAUGAGGAAUUUGAACCAAGUUAUGAAAAAUUAGGCCUGAAUGAUACAGAAGAAAUCGAAUCAAGUGAUAAAGAAAUAAUAAAGAGAAAUGAUGAAAGGGUCGGAAAGUUUACUCAGCCUAUGAAAGAAUGUGAGGAGCUAUUAGAAUCAAGGGAAGAAGAAUUAAACCUGAAUGAUAUGGAAAAAAUGGAGCUAAAUGAUGAUGAUCUAACAAAGAGAAGUGAUGAAAGCAAUGAAGAGUUUACUCAGCAGAUUGAAAAAUCUGAGAAAAGGGAACUAAGCGAUGAAGAAUUCGUAAAGAAAAGGGAUGAAAGAGAAACUACACGAUUUACUCAGCGUAGGAAAGAUAGUGAGGAGUUUUUUGAACCAUGUGAUCAAGUAGAACCAAGAGAUGAACAAGUAGAAUCAAGUGAUAUAGAAGUAGUGGAUCUGAGUGAUGAUGAAGUAACAGAGAAAAGUGACGAAAGCAAUGAAGAGUUUACUCAGCAUGAGGAAUUUGAACCAAGUUAUGAAAAAUUAAGCCUGAAUGAUAUAAAAGAAAUGGAACCAAGUGAAAAAGAAUUGAAAAAGAGAAAUGAUGAAAGGGAUGGAAAGUUUACUCAACAGAUGAAAGAAUGUGAGGAGUUAUUAGAACCAAGGGAUGAAGAAUUAAACCUGAAUGAUAUGGGAGAAAUGGAGCUAAGUGAUGAAGUAAUGGAGAUAACUGAUGAAAGAGAUGAAGAGUUUACUCAGCCUAUUGAGACACAUGAGAAAUUAUUAGAACCAAGAGAUGAAGAGUUUACUCAGCCUAUUGAGACACGUGAGAAAUUAUUAGAACCAAGAGAUGAAGAAACAGAUGAAAGUGAUGAAGAAUUAAUAAAGAGUUGGUAUAAAAGCAAAGUUAAAGAUUUUAAAUUAAAUCAACGUAUGAAGGAAUGUGAGAAAUUAUUCAAACCAAGGGAUGAGGAACAAGUAAAGUCAAAUGAUAUAGAAGAACCAGAUCUAAGUAAUGAUGAAGUAAUGGAGAUAACUGAUGAAGGAGAUCAAGAGUUUACUCAAUCUAUUAAUAUCAGUUGUGCUGGAAGAUAUGUUAAUUUUAUAGAGGAUUUAGACAAAUACUUUGAAGUGAAGGAAUUUCCAGAAAACGAACAUGAAAUGGAAGAAAAACUUUUCAGUUUGAUAAAAGAACUUCAAUUAACAAGUAAAUCACUUGUUCGGAGUAAACAAAACCUGGUAAAACGUGUUAAGGAAAGAAAAGAAGAACUGGAGGCUACAAAAAAAUUUAAAUCGGGGGCUAAAAAGUUAUGGAAUUCAUAUGAAAGUCAUCUAUCAAGUGAUUGGAUGAAAAAGAGAGAAAACCUUGAAAAGAUAUCUGACGCAUUAAAGGACGAGUAUGAGAAACAUAAAGAAGUUAUGUCAAAUUAUAAAAAAUUUCAGUAUUGUACACUGAAAGAGUGCCAAGAAUUAUAGAAUAAAUAUCCUGAAUUGACAUUUUUUCUGAAAAUUCAAAUUAAUAUCAUUAAAAUUUCUUAUAUUUUACCAAAUUCUAUUGAAACUAUAAAGUAUGGAACAGUGCAAUUUGAAUUUGUAAAUAUUUUAAUGUUGUUUCUUUUUUAAUAAAGGGAAAAUAACUUUUUUA